AUGAAUGAGCAAAAGGUGGUUGUCUCACUCAAGAGGAGCAACUCGGCCAUGUCAUCUCCAGCAGGAGAACGUCCCUCAAAGCGUGCCGCCUCAGAGAGUGACGACGACUGUGAAUCCCUCGGAGUAUUGACCCCUAAAUCAAAUUCUCCCCAGGCUGAAAUCGAGAAAUGUGAGGUGUCAAGGGAGCGUGAACAGCAACUAGACAGCGAUAUCCCCGAGGUCUGCAGAUCGCAGCCAUAUUCCGGACCCAGGCGACAGCGAACGCAGCUAGCUCUCGGUCUCCCCCCAUUGAACAAACUGGAGGAUAUCUACAAGAGCUUAACCGCGCGUGCAAUCGAUCUGAAGUUCGACGACUUCCUGUCCCAUGUCGGAUCGAAGCCCUUACGCGUCGUAACCAUGUGCUCAGGGACUGAAAGCCCGCUUCUGGCGUUGGAAAUGGUGCGACAGAGUCUUCAAAAGCAUUUCAACAGGGACUUCGUCUUCAAUCACCUGUUCAGUGCUGAAAUCGUCCCCUUCAAACAAGCCUACAUUGAGCGAAACUUUCACCCGCGCUUCAUCUUUCGUGAUGUCACCGAGUUGAAGGACAGAGUCGCACAAACAGCAUACGGCUCGAUAGAGAAAAUACCCAAGAAUGUCGACAUGUUAGUAGCCGGAUUCUCCUGCGUCGACUUCUCAAACCUCAACAAUAAAAGAAAGACCCUUGACGAAAAGGGAGAGUCUGGUGGCACGUUUUGGGGGAUCGUUCGAUACGCGAAGAUAUAUCGCCCUCGUCUCGUUAUUUUGGAGAACGUCAAAGGUGCCCCCUGGAAAGCCAUCCGAGAGCACUGGAACGAGAUCGGGUACUACACCAUCCACAAAGAUGUAGAUACCAAGGCAUACUACCUCCCCCAGACUCGUGAGCGAGGCUACAUGUUCUGUGUCGACAAGGGACUUAUGAAAAGGAACAACCUGUCACAGGACAGUAUGUCCCAGUGGUCGUCGGUACUCGAUGACUUCAAACGACCGGCAAGCUGUCCCGCUGGAAUGUUCCUGAUUAACAAUGACGACAGGCGCCUCGAGCAAAUCGAAAUGGAAAUGCGCAAUAUCCAGCCUCCUUCACGAGUGAUAAACUGGUCCAAGUACCAGAUCCGGCACCAAAGCUAUCGGCUGAACCAAGGUCUUGGGUAUAAGCGUCCCAUAAGCAGAUCUCAGGAUAAUGGUGUUUGUCAAAUGCCAGACUUUGCGUGGCAGGCAUGGAUGAGGACAUUGCCAGAACGCGUGUGGGAUACCCUUGACGUCAACUAUCUUCGUAAGCUCAUCGAGGGAUAUGACAUGAAUUACAAGGAACGAUGCAUUGAGCUUUCCCAGGGCCUCGAUCGAGAGAUGGAUACUCGAGCCUUUGGAAUUGUAGGAUGUAUCACUCCAACUGGUAUCCCUUAUAUUACGACGAGAGGUGGCCCACUUUGCGGUCUCGAAUCGCUUGCCUUGCAGGGUUUGCCGCUCGACCGUCUCAUCCUGACGCGAGAGACGCAAAGGGAACUCCAAGACUUGGCUGGAAAUGCUAUGAGCUCGACUGUUGUCGGUGCAGCAAUCCUCUCAGCGCUGAUUGUUGGGCACAAAGUCCUGGAUCAAGGCGACCAGCAGCAUGAAACUCUGAAAGAGGCAAAAGGUCCCCAGCAUAAGGAGCCCAUCUCUGAGAGUUCAUACACUAUGAUACCGCAGGAUCUCAAAUUAGGCGAGGUCUCAGACAUAGACCUGGAAAAGAUCCUGCUAGAAGCCAUGGCCAGCGCGAGAUAUUGUAUGUGUGAAAGACAGUCCACAGUCCAACGGAACAUCUUGAAGUGCACACUGUGCCAGCAUACUGCUUGUUCGGCCUGCGCGGGAAACCCGUCUCACUCGUUUGAACGCCUGCAGGACAUUUCUCGAAGCCAGCCGUUGGACUUUAUUCGGAAACUCGGACAAGUACUUCCAGCAAGGCUAGUUCUUUCGAACCUCUGCCGUGACGAUUAUGAUCACUUUAAAGCGGAUCCAUCGUGCAAUGUCACUGGCUCUUUGUGGGAAGAUUUCUUGCAUGCUGUAACGCAAGCAGUCGACGACGAGCUUCGGUUUCGAGAAGUCAAAAGAAACGAUGUUUGGACAGUCAUCUAUGAAGGCAGGUUUUCUAUCUUGAACCUCGUUAUCAACUCUUCCGGAUUCAAGUGGCUGCUCUUCGCAAAGCCUUCCGAUGAAGAGCCUGCCUUAUGUCUUAACCGUGAAAUAUUCUCUAAGCCCAUAGCAAAAAUGGCACCUUAUCCCGGUUAUCUUCUCCAAGGGAAAUGGGAAAUCUGUGCGCCUCUGAGCUGCAGAACCACAUUGAACAUCGCGGGAACCGGGACCCAAAUCGAGUCCUUGGAAUCAAAAUGUGGGCUCGAAGGGCCUGAAUUUUUUGGAUCGAAAAUCUGGAGUCAUUUGACAGUUUCAGGCUCAGACGAAGCCGCGCAAAAUUUCGAGGUUGAUGUUCGAGGAACUUAUGAGCUGCUGCCAAACUGUGGCACAGCUAAUGCGGCUCUGCAUAAAAAGGAAGCGACGGACAACUCUCCCACAGUAUAUCUCUUUUUGGAUCCCACGAAACUGGGGCAACCGGAAUAUGAUUCGUUUGUAUUCUCUUUGGAGCACAAUCGAAACCCUGGAUACUCAUCGAGACAAACAAUUGCCGAAGUUUCCCAUAGAUGGCGUUCUUGGAAAGCAACUAACAGCAACAAAACAGUCAAUGUGUACUAUCGGAAGUGGUCAGAGAUUCCCAAGGUCACUUUGGAACCUUAUCUCCCUCAGGCAGAGAUAGAAUGCGAGAUUCUUGAUCCAAGGAUAAAAUUUCCAAUUGGACACACGGAAUGCCACAAUGCAAAUAUGACCCUGCUACAGUUCUCGGCCCCGGCACAAGCAGUCGAGUCCCUCUGGGAACAGGGUCCCUGGAAGGUCACUGAUCUUUUGGAUUCUUCAGCAUCAUUCGGGGACUUUUCUUGGUUGCUCCAAAGAGGUGCUUCAUUUUGCGAGUUUUACGAUUGGAACAACAUAAUCAUAACUCCUGACAGCGAAAGUGGCCACAUAUGUAGGGUUUGUGUUCCGAGGAAGCCUCGAAUCUUGUGGAGUCGUCACAAAGAUAACAAGCUGAGGGCAUACGAAGAUCCUCACGAUGCGGCUCUGUAUGAACGUCAAAUGAAGGUGAGACCAGCCCUAUUUUUGGCUUUCAGGAGAAUCAAUGAAUUGGGACAUGGGUGUUUCCGUGUGACUCUUAAUAUCCAAAGUCUCCUGCACCGGGCGUAUGCGAAACUGGUUGACUCGGAUAACCAAAAUAUUUCUCUAUCAUGGCGGCUCGUCUCAAAUGUGCACAACGUGAGAGACUUAGGAUUCCCCAAAUUUGAGUUGAAAAGCAAUAGGAACGAUCCACAGUCAAGCCAGCCACCGGGCAUGCAACUAAACCUGAGACCGGAGCAGUUGCGGUCUCUCUCAUGGAUGAUAGCCCAAGAAGCCGACUGCAUUGCACCUUUCGAAGAGGAAGAGAUUGAAGAGGCCCUACUCCCAUUGAUGAUGUGGCGCGCAGAAGGACGAGCGACGAGAGAGAAAACCGUCCGUGGAGGCAUCCUUGCGGAUCAAGUAGGGUACGGCAAGACAGCGCUGAUACUAGGACUGAUCGAUGCGCAGUUUGAGAAAGACCAUCGCCAGAUGCCUGAGAUUAAAGACGCCCUCAUUCCCACAAAGGCAACGCUCAUCAUUGUCCCUAGGAUCAUGAUCCACCAGUGGAAAUCGGAAAUUGAGAAAUUUCUGGGCACCAAGUACAACGUCCUCGUACUUCCCGCGAUAUCCUCUCUAGCCAGCAAGACAAUUCGUAAUAUCCAGAACGCGGAUAUCAUUUUGGUCACUUCAGCCAUGUUCAAUAGCCCAACUUACUACCGAAAGAUGCAAGCCUUCACAGGCGCUCCGCGGGUACCCAGUAAGGCAGGUCGAAACUUUGAUCAAUGGUUCAGCGACACGCGAAACACAGUUAGACUUCACGCACAAAUAUUGCAGAAUCAAGGACCAAAUGUGCUCCUGGAGUCAAUACGUGCCAGACGUCAAGAAGUUAGGGCCGCCCAGGCAAAUUUCACGUAUGUUCCAUCCCGGCGUCUCAGAGGCAAACAGCUGGCGGAGGCCAAUAAAAUGCGGGAAUGUGGCAACCAGAAAGAGGUGCAAUAUGCCGACAUAUCAAGCGGAGAGGAAUCAGACGAUGAGAAGAUUGAAAAUGCCGAGACGAUCAAUGAGAAGGUGGACAUAUUGCUGAGACUCCGCUCAACGACCUCAUUUGCUUCCAACCAUGAUAGCAAUGACACGGACACAUCAAACACAACCGAGGAUGAGUCUGAUACUGUAUACGAAGAUUCAUCGAUGGAGGAUCACACCGCAGAGGCGAGCCCCAGAACGAAACGCAAGCGUAAAGGUUUUAGAGAAGAGUACAAGUCUAAAACCAGGACAUGGAACGACCGUAAACAGUUCAAUAUCAGGAGAGGCGAAGAUCAUCAGUCCUGGGCCGACGUCAAAAACCCCAUCCUGCACGCAUUUUCGUUCACUCGGGUCGUGGUAGAUGAAUUCACAUACGCUGACCCCGGAAGGCUGGCACCUCUGCUAUCACUCAACGCUCACUCAAAAUGGGUUCUUUCGGGGACGCCGCCACUCAACGACUUCUCUGAUGUAAACACAAUCUCUCCAUUCCUCGGGAUCCACCUUGGAGUGGACGACGAUGAAGGAGGCCAGACACAGAACAGACGACUGAAGGCUGCCUGCAAGCAUCAAUCCGACGCCGAGAAGUUUCAGUCGUUCAAGACCCGAGCCAGCGAGGCAUGGCACCGACGCAGACACCAGCUAGCACAGAAAUUUCUCGAUCGCUUCGCCCGCCAAAACGUAGCUGAAAUCGACGAAAUCCCUUCCACGGACCAUGUGGUCUUGAUCUCCCAGUUGCCAGCCGAAAGAGCAAUCUAUCUUGAACUGUACAAGCAAUUAAUGGCGCAGAAUCGGCAACUUCGACAAGGUGGUAAAGGCAGGUUCAGCAACGACCAAGUUCGCCGACUCGAAGAAGUCAUCGGUGGAAGCAAAAGUCCUGAAGAAGCCUUGCUCAAGCGGUGUUCCUCUCUAGUGCUCCAAGACCGCUGGGAUAGUAAGGGCCAGCCCGAAGUCAUCACUUGCAGAUCGAUCCUUGAUAUCCGAGAAAGACAACUCUCCGAUCUCCAACGAGAUCUCAGAGACAAGCUCAAACUGGCUGCUUGGGUUUAUUCGAAAUGCCAAUGGCGCCAUAUCCACUUCGACAAAUUCAAGGAGAGCGUGAAAAAGCAUGAUUUCGGAGACGUCACAGUGACUAGGCAAAUCUCCCCGUUAAUCGAUACGGCAAUUAAAAACAGCAAGGAGAAAGAUUGGAUGUUAUACUUCGUUGGCCCCGCAGACGCCAAGGCCAAGAGACAGAAGGACGAUGAUGAUGAAAAUGAAAUCCUCGAAACGGUUGAAGACGGCGAGGUUCUAGAGGGCCAGAAAGUCUGCAGUACAAAGGAUGACAAGAGUCACAGACCGGCUGCCAAGAGAGCGAAAGUGUCCAAACCGACGCCGAAUCCAAAGCCGAAGUCGAAGCCCGUCAAGACAAAACAGCCCAAGAGCGAAAGCAAGAAGAGCAAGGGGACUCGCCGAAACGAAAAGGGAAAGGAGGUGAAUGAUGGUACCGAGAACGACCAGGGAUUCGCCCUGCCAAACAAACCCAUGAAGACGGAAGAAUUUGAGACUGUCCUUCGAGAUGUCACAAUUACCCUCCGCAGUCUCGUCGUGGAAUGGAUUGUCCGGGAACGCGCACUCCGGUUCUUGAAAACAGUACGCCUCCUCCAGACGUGCCCGAACCCUCCACAAUGCAACUGCUGCAACGCAGAGACCAGCACGUUCAGUAACCUCAGUGUCCUUGGUUCCUGCGGACACAUCUUGUGCGAGGGAUGCAUCUCGCAGACGGUCGAGAACGAAGAAUGCAAAGUCGACGGAUGCCGUGGCUCCGGAAAAAGAUUCAACGUCAUGGACGCUUCGAUCCUGGGACGUGACGAUCAAGACAGGAGCGCACAGUACGGCGGAAGCAAGUUGGACAAGCUUGUUGAAUUGCUUCACCGGAUUCCUCAGGACGACCGAGUCAUUCUCUUCAUCCAGUUCCCGGAUCUCAUGGAUCUAGCCUGUAAAGCCCUGGAUCUGGCGAAGAUCAAGUACACGUCGAUCUCGGCUUUGGACCGCCAUGCGUCAAAGAAGAUGGAAGAUUUCCAGACCAGCAGCUUUGGUGAAAGCAAAGUUCUCGUUUUGAAUAUCGGUUCCGAAAUGGCCGCUGGACUAAACUUACAAUGUGCGAACCACGUUAUCUUCUUCUCACCCAUGUUCACCCAGACGCAGUACGAUUAUGACUCGGCAAUGACCCAAGCAGUCGGACGCGCCCGCCGCUAUGGCCAGACCAAGCACGUUCAUGUCUACCACUUCCUAGCCAGCGGCACGAUAGACGUGAACAUCUUCCAGGAGCGGCACGAUAGGGUCCUUGUUGAAAGAAACGGUGAAGCCAAAUUGAUCCCUCAAGAUGAGGUUCUCGACACGGACGACACGCGGUGCCAGGGUUUGGCGCUGGUUGCGGAUAACGCUUUUUGAAUGUUGAUUUGUUCUGAGUCUCAGUCUUGGAACCUGUCCAGGAAGCUCUUUGGUAAUUCUGAUUCUGUCCUUUUGUUUGCAUUUCUAGGAAAAAAGAAAGGGGGGGAAGACAAUUGGGAUUGUUUGAGUUUGGAAAAACAAGUGAUAAAACAAGAUGAAUAUGUUGGAAAUAUCCAAACAGAUAUGGUUUUUUCCCUUCCUGUCUUUGAGAUAUUUUCACUUCCUUUGUUGAUCUUAUGUAUGGGUUGUUUGGUACUCUCACAGUUGUGAGGGAGAAAGAGAGGAAGGGUUAGGCUAGGAACAAGGCAGAAUUGAACUGAAC